AUGGAAAAAUCUAGAGAAUGUCGAAGCGGUCGGCCAGUUUCGAGAACUCACGGAACGAUCGGUGGCGCGAGUCGCCUUGUGCCUCCUCCACCUUCAUCCUUAUCGAACCUGGCGAUCGGGAUCGGCAUUCAGAAUUUUCCAGAGGGACUGGCGGUGUCUUUGCCACUUCAAGCGGCUGGGAUCAGCACGUUGAAGAGUUUCUGGUACGGGCAACUCUCGGGGAUGGUGGAACCUCUGGCCGGCGUCCUUGGCGCAGUCGGAGUGACGUUCGCUGAACCCGCGCUACCUUAUGCGCUCGCCUUCGCAGCCGGUGCAAUGAUCUAUGUCGUGAUCGACGACAUCGUUCCGGAAGCGCAUCAGAGCGCGUGCACGGCGGGACCAGCUGUAAAACUGGACUGAAAAGAAAGAAAAAAAGAAAUAAAAAGAAGGGAGAAAGAAAGAGAUGUUCGGCCGUUCGCUAUGUUGGUAGCUAUCGAACCUCGGACUCGGGACUUCUCACGUUUAUUUCGGGAAUUCAUUUUUCUCCAACGCGGUUUCUCAAGCGAUGCAAGAGAGCUAGCCGGGAUUCUUGGAACCUCGGUCGGUCCUUGGAACCUCGGUGAUCGUUUGCAUGAUUGUGUGCGCUCGGUGAAAAGGAAUGCCUCGUUUCGGAGGUCCGUAGCCUCGGCCUCACCACCGGCUAACCGCCGAUCUCGCCUACUUUUCGAAAGCUGUGCCUCCUGCCCGCCACCGGCCCUAAAAACACACUUUCGAUGAUACUUUUGAGCAAGAGGGAAUAAUCUCGAUCGAUAUUUGUCCGCGUGGAAUUUCGCGCGUCGUUUCUCUCCUGUCCUGCCGGGACCGCGAGCCGGGUAAUGGCUAAUAAAAAUACAAAUUUCUGAGGCACACCGAAAGGAGGUAUUUACCGCGCGGAUAUGAUUGAUAUGGUAGAACGCCCACCGAAACACAACGGCGCAUUUCACCGGCCGUUAAAAUUGAUGGCCGUGUAUAAUUUACGAAAUCAACAAGCCGUGACGUGCAAUACCGGCCACGAGAGAGCGUGUGUGCUUUGUGUGUGCUUAAUCCCUACUUAUAUCGCGAAAACCCUUUUAUUUCUCGCUAUCCUGGCAUUCUUUCUCCCUUGGUUGUUCGUUUCCUCAUCGUCUUACACACACACACACAC